AUUUAUGCGAGCCACAUCGAAAGCGAAAUUAAAGGCCCGAUUCCAGCCGCAAGCGUUAGUUGCCACGAGCUAUGGCGCCAUUACUUGAGUUGUCGUGAAACUACUAGGUGGCCUGCAGCCGCUGGUGGCGUAAGGACUGUGCUGAAGGCGUGCAAGCCAGCGCUCUGCGCUCAGUGGUGCCUGCAGGCUUUGGGUUCUACAAUCACAACCAACCAUAUAACCGGCUGGCUGUGUGGCUCAUCUGAAACGGUGAUUUUCGGCUCGAGCAUCGGAAUCAUAGGGGGCACGCUUUCCGCUCCGGUUGUUUUGUGGCUGGGCACCUUGUAUAAUCUGGGAUAUGCAACGGCCUGCUGUGUUACGGGUCUGGGGCGUGUGGGCGUUUUUGCUUGGACGCUGAACGGGACGCUUCUGCGCCAAUUCCGCAGGAGCUGUACUGCUGCACUACUUCGUGGCGUUGAGCCGUAUGUCCAGUCAUUUGGUCAUAGCGUGCAUACGCUAGGGCCGCUCCAAAGCUUGUUGCCUACCCUUGCCCUGAGAGCGACCACGGCGGUGGCGGGUCGGGGCAGGGUUGGGUGGCAGGCUUGGUUCAGGUGGCGUUGCGCCCAGCCAGCGUGCUCGGUGCCGUCAUCAGGCUGACACCGGUAGGGCCUGAAGAGCUCGCUCGCUUAUUCACGGCGCCGCUGCCUGUGGUCGUCGUGCUGGGCGACCAACGGCCUGCAAGCGCGUGUGGGCGUCCCGGCUCACGCGCCAUUGGAUUAUGGGCUCGCCCAACUUCAUCCACACCGUGUGGCCCUUCGUGCUGCUGCAGCCGGGUAGCCGCGGGGUCCCAAGCGCAGUCAGCCUGCAAACAGCGAAGCGUCCAGUUUUCCUGCUGUACUGUGCCGCUGCAAUGUCAAACAUCUGCAUGAUGGCGCUCGCGUUCGUGCUGAGUGUGGCAUGCACGGCGGCCACCACGGCCGUGCUGCGUCAGAGGCUCUUCGAGCCCACCUAUGGGCCGCUGUCGGUCCUUGUGCAUCUCUCUGUGAUGGGUACGCUGUCGCUCGCCUGGCGGGCUGUUUGGGAGGGACGCUUCCCGAUUCGGGGACGCCGCGCCUGCGGUGCCCCUCCAGCAGCACAUGCUGACGAUGCGGCGGCGGAGCACGGCGUGGCGACAUGCACAGAUUCCUGUACAGCGCUGCCAAGCAAGCCGCCGGGCCCAGAAGCUGCCGGCAGCGGGUCGGCGCCAGCGCCUCGACCACUGCGAGUGCAGGCUACGUCUGGCUUGGGUGCUGUCGGCGCUGUUUGCCGGGUUGUGGGUGUGGAGUAUAUGAAACAGCUGGAGCUAGCCAUGUCGCCAAGGGCCCACAGCCUUUGCAACGGGGAAGCCGGACGCUCCGCGCCGCUGAAUGCCUUUGCCAAGCCAGCCAGGCUCAUGCACCCGCACAAGAACGCAUCGGCUGGGCCACAGCCGCAUGCGCAGCCGCAACUGCGGCUCGCUUCGCUGCUUCAGGAGGCUCUUGCAAGUCUGGCUGCAAGCGCCGGCGUGUCUGGUCAGCCUGCAGCUGCGGGCGCAGGCGCCAGCCUUCCUUUGCGCCUCAGUUCCAGCCUUAGCCCCAGCCUCAACGGGCGUCCUCGCCAGUCGUUUGGUGCGGGCUCGCACAACGCCGAGCCGCGCACACCGCGCGUCACGGAGGCUGCCGCUUACCGGUCCUCCAGCGAGCCGGAGGAGCUAGUGGGCAAGGCGGUUCGGGCCUCUGCGGGCGGGCCGACGCAUGGGGUGCAGCGAUCUCCGCUGGAGGGGCUGCUGCGGCGGCGGUUCUGCUCGCAGGUCCGGCGUGGGGUGCUGCGUAUCCGCAUCGCUGGUGCCGACCCAGAUCAGCUGCCGGCCGAGUGGCGGGAGCUUGUGGCGGCGCACUUCACUGGCGAGAGCUUGGUCCCUGGCUGGUGCCAAUCACUGGUCACGGGCGUGGCGGUGCGGCGCGGCAGCAUCUACCUGACGGUGUCGCUGGUGGAGGCACCCAUGCAAGCGGACGGCGGUGAGGGCGUGGGCGGCGCCGCCGAGGCCGGCGUUGGCGAUGCAGCGCAAGCGCCUGGCAAUGCAACAAGGCCCAUUGGCCCAAGCCACCUUGGCUCGUGGGACUCUGGCAUGCGAGACAUUGCGGUGGCCAGCGCAGGCAUGGAUACUGCCGCAUCCACCGCAUCCAUUGGGAAGGGCGUGCACGCGGCGACAGGGCCGCCGCCGGAGGUGUCGCCGCCCUCGACGGCCGCGUCUUCCGGAGCUGGGGGCUUGUGUGAGCGCAUGGCGGGCGUGGAGGUGGCGUCGUCAAUGGAGCUGGUGGCGGCACAGGCUGCAUGCCACAGCGGGCCAGGCUGUGAGCGACCGUCUCCGCCAAGCGGCCGCAUGCGGACCAUCCGCCGGGGCGGCUCAUCGAUAUCCUCCACUUCGUCGUCGGCUGCAGCACCAGCCGCUGCCGCGGCGGUGCAUGCUGGCUCUCCAGGCCCCUCGCAGGCGUACCCGCUGGGCCCGCGCCGACGCGUGGCCGGCAUGUGGCGUCACGAGCGCGCGCACGCGGCUGCCGGCUACUCGCAAGCGACCAGCAGCGCCGCCAGCGCCGUCCUCAGCCCACUCUCGACGCCCGGCAACGGCAACAUCCCGCUGCGCGUGCUCGGCCCGCCAGGCGCGGCCGUCUCGCAGGCACUCGCGGCCGCGAACGGCUCUGCCGGCUGCCCGGCGGGCCAGGCACCCAGCCCCGCCGAUGCCACGAGCCUGGGCGUGUGCGCGGGUGCCGGCCGCUCUACCAGCGGCAACGGCGGCACGCCGCAGCAGCAGCACCACCACCAGCACCAGCUGCACCCGGGCCAGCACCCGCAGCACCACGCGCCCAUGCUCUGCACGUCCAUGCUGUUGCCGGCGCAGCAGGCGGUGGUGCGCGGCGGCAGCCUCAACAGCAUGGGGCUGGCCGGGCUGGGCCCCACGUCACAGUCGCAGGAGAUGCAGGGACCGUCGCUGCCCGUGCACAACGGCUCCACGACCACCGCCGGCUCCACCACGCGCACCGGAAGCGUGGGCGCGGCGGCGAUGCAGGUGGCGCAGCUGCUGGACGCAAUGCUGCUGCGUAGCCGGGAGAUGGGCACCGAGGGCGCCUCUAACUGGGGUGCGUCGGUCGGCCUGUCCGCCGUCAGCCAGAUGGACGGCGGCCUGCCCAUGCAGCUGCGCCAGGUGCUGUGCAGCGCCAGCUGGGAGCUGGACGAGGGCAUCACCGGCAGCUGGGAGGCCGAGGGCCACGGCCUGCUGGGCGACCGCCCCGGCGCCGCCGCCCUGCAGGCGCAUCACCUGCUCGUGCAGCAGCUGGCGCACGCGCACGCGCACGCGGCGGCCGCCGCCGCCGCCGCCGCCGCCGCCGCCGCCGCGGCCGCCCAGCCGGCCCAGCACCAAGAGGGCGCCGGCGCGGGAGCUGCCGCCGGCGUCGUGCACUGGUCCUCCCACCCAGCCGCGCUGUCCGGCACCAACACGUCACUGGGUCACGCUGCAGUCCAGCGCGCCGUGCAGCCGCCUUCGGGCGUGCCAGGCGGCGCCGCCGCCGCGGCGGGCGCGUCUGGGGCGGCGGCGGGGCCAGACCCGGCGGAGCUGGCGAGGCUGGUCGCAAUGGCACGGUCCAACAGCGACCCGCGCUCCGCCGCGCCAACUGGCGCCCAGGGAGGCGCCGCGGGUGCCGGGGCAGGUGCCGUGGUUGGGCCCGAGCCCUCGGGGGCAGCUACGGUGGCCUCCAUCGGCGCGGGCCUUGGCGCGUCAAGCGCAGCGGAGGCGGCCGCGCACCGCGCACUGCUGUCGCUGCUCACGCCGCAGCAGCUAGCAGACCUCGCUCAGCUGCAGCAGCUGGCACGGCUGCAGACGCACGUGGCUCUGGCACCGCAGCCGCAGCCGCAGUCGGCACAGCUGCAGCCGCAGCCGCAGUCGGCACGCCCAGGUGCUGCCGCUGUCCAGGCGGCUGCGCAGGCCCACGCGCACGCGCAGGCCCCGUUGCAGCAGCUGGCGCAGGCGCCGGUGCCCCCGGCGGCAGCGGCGCGACCAGUGUACCCCGCGUCUGGCCUGGCGGUACGCGCAGACCCCGUGUCUCUGACCGUGCAGGACGUCGCGGUGUCGCCAGUGCUGGUCUGCAAGGCGCCGCUGCUGUUUGCUGCGGCGGCAGGCAGCCUUGCAGCAAGCGUGCCGCCGCGCGUGCCCGCUGCCCCGGCCAACGCGGCGGCAGCAGCAGCCGCUGCGCCUGCUCGCGCAGCUGGGGACUCGGACGUGGUGACCAUGGCGCGUAGCCGCAGCGACUCCAUCGGAGGAGCUUCUCGUCGCGUCGCGGCAGCUCUGCGCAACGCCGGCGGAGCAGUGCCCGGGCCUGGGCUCGCGGCCUCAGCCCCACAGCCCGCGGCGCCCGCGGCGCCUGCCGAGCCCCUAGCGGCGACGGCACCCGCUGCGGCCCCGGCGGCCGGCUCGGCGCCGCUUUCGGAGUUCAGCCUGUCGCUGAUGUGCACCCCCGCGACGGUGGCGGAGCUGUCCGUGAUGCUGCGCUACUGCGGCCCCGCCAGCGUGUUCGGCGAGCAGGCGUACCUGCCGGUGCAGCUGCAGCUGGACUCGGGGUCGCCGGCGGUUGCCGCGGCCGUUCGGCUGCAGGCCGCCAGCGCGGAGCGGGAGCGCAGCGGCGGCGACACACAGGCCACCCGCGACGUGGCGGAGGAGGACGCGGCGCUGCUGCUGCCGGCGCGGGCGACGGUGCGCACACCGCUGGCGGACCUGGCCUGCCCCGGCGUGCUGUACGUGGAGCUGUGGCACGGGCCGCAGCUGUGCGCCUGCCUGCCGGUGCUGCUGCUGCCCGACGCCGCGGCGAGCUGGGCGCACGAGGUGUGCAGCCUGUGGCAGCAGCAGGCAGAGGAGGGCGAGGCGGCGGCGGCGCUGGCGGCCAAUGGUGGCGGCGCGGCCGGCCACGCCGGCGCUGCGGCGGUGUCUGCGGCGGCGCAUCAGGUAGUGGAGGACCUUGGGGGCUGGCUCACAUACGCGGCACACCGGCGCUACGUGGCUGAACGGCCAGCCGCCGCUGCACGCGCGAUGGCGAUGGCGAUGGCUGCCACCGCGGCUGCAGCCCAACAACAACCCGCGCCGGCAGCUGCGGACCAGGCGCUGUCAAGCACGCACUCGGCGGCGGGGCUGCAGCAGUUGACGCAGGUGCUCGCGGACGCAAGGCUGCCCGACGGCGGCAUUCCUGGCCGCAGCACCAACGCGGCCGCCGCGGCGGCGGGUUGGAUCUGGCAGCCGGCGGCUCCACCGCCGCCGCAGGUGGUUGCGGCUGCGCAGUCCCAGCUACAGCUGACGCCGGUUGCCCCGUUAGCCGCGGCCGCGCAGCCGGCCGCGGCGACCCCGGCAGCAGCUGCGCAGGCGUCAGCGGCGCCGCAGCCGGCCUCCCUGGCGCUCUCCUCGCAGUCCUCUUGGGCCCUGUCCGGCACGUCCAAUGUGCUCCCAGGGUCGCGCGGCCUGCCCGCUGCUCCCGACGCCGCUGCCAACAGCACCGGCGGAGACCCAGACCGCGGCGCGUUGCUGCCGCUGGGGCAUGCGCCCGUGAGCACGGGCGCUGCCGACGCCGGCACGGGCGCUGGUGGCGUGGGCGGCGCGCUGCUCGACGCAACCAUUGGCAGGGGCAUGGGCGGUGGCGUGGAUGCCAGGGAGGACAUGCAUGAAAUUGCCGGCAUGGGCGACGGCAUGGGCGACGGCAUGGGCGACCGCGAGCUGUUCCACGAUAUGAUGCUGCAGGAGGGCUACAACUGGCUGGCAGACUGCGUGGAGGCGGGCUGCUGCGGCCUCGCCAACGCGCUGCUGCAGAGCCUCAUCGCCGCGGGCUGCUCCGCCGCCGAGGUGCUCCGCACCUGCCGCUCCGCCGACGGCCUGCCGCUGCUGCACGCCGCGCUGCUGUCCCCGAACCCCGCCAUGCCCGACCUGGUUUGGCGGUGGGGCACGGCAGCGGGCGUGGACAUGGGCCCGCGGCCGGGCCUGCCUGCGGAGGCAAGCGCCGAGGCGGCUUGCGCGGCGCAGCCCGGAAUGCCGCCGACGGAAACAGCCGCCUUGAUGGCGGGUGCGGGCGUGAAUGCAGAGCAUGGAGCGCUGGGGUACGGCUCGGGCGUGGGUGCCAGCUUGUCCUCCUCCCGCGCGGACUUCAGCAGCGGUGUUAUUACGAGCUUGGGCCGCUUGUCUGCGUCGAGCGCGGCCGGCUCAACCGCCUGGGCGGCGCCGCAGCGCGGUGCGCAGACGGCGGCCGCGGCGGUGGCGCUGGGCGCCGUGGCGGUCGCAGCCCCGCUCGUGUCGCGGGCGCCCAGCCGCAGCCCCAGCCUCCUGUCCGUGGGCGCGAGCGCGCCUCUGGAGGCAGCGCCGUCGCCGCAGCCGAGCCCGGCGGGUGUUGCUGAUACGCAGGCGCAAGCGCCGGUGCCCUCGGGCGAGCGAACGGGUUUUACCACAGCGUGGCUGCUGGCGUCUUCCUGGGACAGCCUGCGUCGGCGCAAGGCGCCGGCGCAGCAGGGCACCGGUCCGGCGGGCUCGGAGGGCGCCGGCGCAGCACCAGCACCGCUGCCAGCACCGGCAGGCCGGUGGCUGCUGGCGCUGCUGCGGCUGCUGCGGGGCGGCGGGAUGCUGGCGCUGCGCGGCGGCGACCGCGCGGUGGCUGCGCUGCAUGCGGGGCUGCUGCGGGCGAGCCCCUUGUACGACAGCCGCAACGGCGGCGUGGUGGAGCAGCACUUCCUGUGGUUCUUCCAGCAGGGCCACGGCUGGGUGUUCUCCGCCUGGUGCUGGUCCAUGAUCCCCAUCUACAUCAUCACCGCCGCGCGCUUCGUGCGUGAGGGGCAGUGGGCGGACCUGGCCUUCACGCCGCUGUGGCUCUGGCUGUACGUGCUGUGUGCCUCCAUGGACGUGGCCGGCGCCACUGCCGCCUACCGCGUGCGCACCGAAGCGCUGUCGGCGGCCAUGCACGUCAGCCACACCGUCGCCAAGGCGCUGGCGUGCGCCGGCCUGCCGGCCUACCCCAUCCCGCCCGGCGCGCCCAGCCGGCUCUACUGGUCGGACGUGCUGGCGUGCGCCACCCUCAGCGCGCUGUGCGAGCCGGUGCGCAUCUACGUGGCGCUGCCGGCCCGGGUCAUCAACUGCACCGUGUCCACGGUGCUGUACCGCCACGCCGGCGCCGCGCCCAGCUACCUGGAGGCGUUGCUGCUGUCCGCCUCCUGCCACGGCCUGGGGCUGCUGCUCCAGCACAGCGUGGAGAGCCACUACCGCCGCACCUUCCGCGCCUCGGGCGCCCACGCCGUCGCCACGGCCGCCGCCGCCGCGCAGGCCGCCGCCGCCGCCCCCCUGGAUGCGGCAGUCGCCGCAGACAGCCACGACGCCGUUGCCGCGGUACGGGUCGGCCCCGGCCCAGCCGCAGUUGCGGCCGCAGUUUCAGCCGCGACCGAGACGGUGGCCACCGGCAAGGUGACGGCUUCGGCAGUCUACAGCGGCGAAGCCGCCAAACCGGAACUCGGCGCGCCGGCCGCGGGGGCCGCGGCGACGGCCGUCGUCGCCGCCAGCGCCACGGUUUCCUCCGUGUCGGCCCGAGAGUAUGUGUCGCCGCUGCGGGCGCUGCACCUGGGCACGAUGGACGGCCGCGAGGGGCUGCACGCCCUGGGUGAGGAGGCGGGUGAGGACGAUGGCGACAUGGCGCGGUCCGUCCCGGCGCUGUCCUCGGGCAUGCCCUCGCUGCUGACCUCCGUCAGUGAGGCGGCCGCAGCCGCGAUGGCGUGGCCGGGGUCGCUAGGCGUGGCCCCAGGCGCAGGCGCGGCCGAGGCGGCGGGCGGCGGCGGGCCCUGGCCGGCUACGCCGGGGCCUGGCAGCGGGCGCCAGGCGCCCCUGCUGCCGCCCUCGACGUUGGAAUCGCUCACGCACCGGGAGGCGCCGCCUGUACGGCAGGUGGGACAGUCGGGGGUGGAUAGUGCGGCGGUGCCGACGCCCCCCGGCGCGGCGUCCACGCGCGCGAGCAUCGACUCAGCCGCUGCCGCGGUCGCAAGCAUUGCUUCGGCUGUUGGAGCACGCAACACAGGCCCUGAAGCGCUUGCUUUCAUUGCGUCCGGUAUUGUGCAAGAGCAGCCUCAGCAACCGCAACGGCAGCCGUCCCAGCAGCAGCUGCUGCAACAACAGCGGCACCAAGAGGAGGGCAUGGUGCUUGCUGCACAGCCAGCGUCAUUCGGCACGGACGCCGCUCCCAGCGCCGGUCCGCACCUCGUCGCCCGCGGCCGCCAGCCGGACGGUCCCUCCUCCCUUACACCACCGGCCCCAGACGGCGGCCACACGCACCACGUGCGUGCCGUGCCGCCAGCAGAUGCGCCGCUGCCGUGCGCCCGCAUCGCGGCCGCCGCGGCGCUGCUCCAGCUGCAUCCAAACAGCACCGGCACGCCUUCGUCGCACGCGCUACUGUCCCAUGGCUGGGGCUUUGGCGAGGGCCUGCUGCCCUCGCUCCCUGGCUGGGCGGCGGGCCUGCCGGCCGGCAUGAGCGGCCUGCCGUUGGAGGAGUCGCCGCCCGGCGCCCCCUGGGGCUCCUCCAUCGACUCGGUCUCGCCCGCCAAGGGCGCCGUCUCCGCCUCCAGUCGCUCCACCGCCGCCUGGCCCUCCAGCGCCGCCCUGCUGCUGCAGUCCCUCAGCCACCCGUCCUUGCAGCUGUCCUCCGUGCUGCCCGCAGGCGAGGCCGCGGCGCCACCGGCGCAGGUGCCCGGCCAGCCGCAGCACCGUUCGCCCCCGGGCCAGCCGCGCACGACAGCGCCUGCGGCCCUAGCAGAGGAGCCUCAGCAGCAGCAGCAGCAGCAGCAGCAGCCUGCAGGGGAGCCACAGCUGGCGGCGCCUGCGCCGGUGGGCCCGCUGCAGCUGCGGUCGGAGGCGGUGCGGCCGCCCGACGAGACGCCGCAAACGCCGGACGACAGCGCGGCGCUUUGCGGGCGCAUGCUGGUCACCGUGGGCUCCAUGCUGGUCACCUCAACGGCCGUGCACGCCAACAGCCUGGGCCGCCGCAGCAGCAACAGCAACAGUGGCAGCGGUAGCGGCGCUUGGCGCGGUGCGUUCGCGGCGCACGUCGCCGGCACGGGCGCCAGUGGCGGCGGCAGCGGCGGCGCGAUCACCUUCGGCCCCAGCCGCGGCGCGACUGCGGGGGCGGCGGCGCUGGUAAGCACCGGCCCUGUGGCAGCAGCAGCAGCUGGCACCGGUAGCUGCGGUGCCAGCAGUGGCGGCAGUGGCGGCACUGGCAACGGCUCCCAGGGCCGGCUGCCGCAGGCGCGCGUGCCCACGCUGGCAGGCUGCAAUGACAGCGGCGCGGCCGGGCGCCUCGAGGGGCUCCGGCCCGAGGCGAACGACGCAGACAAGGCGGCACGGCCGCGCCGCAGCGGCUCUGCCUGGGAGGCUGCCCAGGCAUCGCUGUUGACUAUGUCAGCCACAGGCACAGACGCGAUUGCGAGCGCGGGGCAGGAGGGCAAGGGCAGCAUCACGGGCUCGCGGCGGCCGCUGGCUCGCGGCAGCGCCGCACAGGCCACCGCCGUCGCCGCCCCGGCCAGCGCCGGCCGGAGCAGCGGCGCGGGUAGCGGCAGCCUGCAGGUCAGGACAGGCGGCGGCGCAAGCGCCGGUGCCCACAGCGGCAGUGUGAAAGCUGCUGCGAAGCGGCUGGCCAGUAGGGUGCUGACGGCCCUGAAGAUCAAGAGCAAGAAAAAGAAGCCUGAGGCGGGUGGUCCGGAGGCCGGCAGGGAGUGAGGCGCAGGCCGGCAGAGCCACGCGACGUGCAGCUGUGGUACUUUCCUUGGUUCCGCAACAGAGAGCAUUUCCGUGCACCAUCACAAGCCACUUUUUGAAAAUUGCACGACAAGGGUCCCUUGGCCGCAACAACGCACGCACGCGUCUACGCAAGGCCCCUCUAGUGCACCUUGUACGUCACUUUGCGGCCGCCGGGUACUUAUUCUGUGUGGGAGGCAAUUGCAUUGCAGCGGGGCUUCGCCUUGUAGUCGCUCGUGAUAUUGGAGGGAGAGCAUCCUGCAUGCAGUACUUAACCUUGCCAUCGGCAAUGAUUUAGAGGGGUUACCUUCACGGUAUCAUGGAAAUUUGGUUGGCGCCUUUUAUCCAUUGAGAAACGGCGGGAGGCGAGUGUGUAGGGGGCACGGGGUCCGUGGUGCGGCUCCACCGGUCUGGUGUGGCGGCCAGCUGCAUUCGCCGUUUGGCGCUGACACGUUGGUGGUAGGCGCCAUGUGGUCGCUGUGGGGAAUGCGGAUAUUGCACUUGGUCGUAGGGCGGGCGGCGUUCUGUGCCUGGAAAUUGCACAGUGGGUCUUACUGUGUGUGCACACGACAAGCACCAGCCGCCGCCGGAACAGCCAACGGCUUGUCGGCACGAGCUAGGCACGGUGUGGUGCCAGGGGUAUAGAGCUUACUUGCAAUUGCUUGUCAUUCAGCGGAAGAUUUAACCUAGCGGGGGAUGACCCAUUCUUGUUGGAGAACACAAUCAGUUCAACUUGUUGUGCCAUUGCUUGGGGCCGAAAUGAUUGGGCGCGGCACGAUUCAGACUUGGUGCAAGGUUGUUUCAGUGGGUUUAUCAUGCGCUGUUGGAGGCGCCCCAAACUUAAUCCACCCUUCACGGGCAAGGGACGCAAGGCUGAAGGGGGGGGAGGAGAAUACAAUAUCGCGCCUGUGGUGGGUGCAGGCAAGGCGGCUGCGCUGUGUCUCAACCACCAGCAUGCACUGCGUGGUGGCUGCGGGCUUCAGGACCGCGCGGACGGGGCUGUGACCUAUGCUGGCUGUGCAUUUCUCAUUUGCAUUUGUGGACAAGUGAGUGCUAAAGGAGGCUAUGUCCGGGCGAUGAGGUUGUUCGGCCUCAGACUGUGGAGGGGCUCAGCCCCUUUUCCCGUGACCGGGGAACACUUGUCACUCCCAAAUGUGACUCCCAAGGUUUAGUUGCCGUGGACCUCCUCCAUGGCAGCGAACAGCGUGAUACAAAUAAAGUUGAGUCGUGUCUGCUUACGUGUGCGCAUACGAACAUGAGCUGAACGGAUGGGCAGUCGACUGCCGGGCCGCUUGCUGCUACCACUGGCAGCCGCACUUACGGCCAGGGGGUUUGGGGCACGCGAACUGCGAAGCACAACUGCCGCAGACCUGCCGUGUCGACACUGUUGAAGAUGUAUCUGCCCGUGGAGGCUUGGCAGGAGCGGAAUGCCCGAUGGAUCUGCGCUUUGUGGACCGGCGAAGGGAUAGCUGAUGGUGUGGGUGGAGUCGAGUUGUGUGUGUGCAGGCGUCGGGACGGCAAGGCCCUGCGACAAUGCAAUGGUGAGAGGAGAGAAGGGUGGCGGCAGGACGAACGCAUGCGUCCAGAUGUAGCACGAGAGCGGCGUGCAGCCCAUGAGCCCAGUGGGUGGUGGGCUACGUCUGCACCUGCCACGCGUCGUGAGACCAAGAGAAGAUGAGACCAAGACGGCCGCAAGCAUGUAAACGGCAUCGAGCAGAGGUGCAGCCAUCAAACCAUAAAGCGGACAGGGAGUAGGGGGCACGGUCGUGAACGGAGAAGCGUUUGGAGAAGCAUGCAUGAACCUGCUUUUCUGCAGGCUCAGACGCACUUGCUGUGUGUGUUCUUGUAUGCCAGGAACGAGCGUGGAUGCGGAUGCGUGGUAGCAACAUCAUGAGUGGCAAUAUGUCGACUCACUGAGACGCCGAGGAUGCUGUUGUGCGCACACCGUACUUUCGGAGUGGGGGAGUGCUACGAGGGUUUGCAGGUAUCAACUCUGACAUGAAUGAUCAGUGGACACCUUGAUGAGCUCGGAUCCUGGCUGAGCAAUCGACUGCGAUGUAAGACGGGCUGGCC